CAACAAGUGGGGGCCUAAGUGAGAAUCACGCUAUUUCAGCGUGUCAGGUCCCGUCUUUUUAUACAAUUUAUUACUAUUUGGUUAAAUCCGUGUUAGUUUUUCGUCAAUUUGUCAAUGUUUUCGAGUCUUGCUUAGUGUGCUUGUUGUCGCCAAACUAGUAACUAGUAAAUAUGGGACAAGGAAUGAACAAGAUUUUGCCUGGCCUCUACGUUGGAAAUUUCCGAGACUGUAAGGACAAAGAACAACUAGAGGCCAAUAAAAUAACACAUAUCGUCUCAAUUCAUGACAAUGCAAAGCCUUUAAUUGAUCAUAUCAAGUACCUAUGUGUGCCUGCCGCGGAUUCACCGCAUCAGAACUUAUCACAAUAUUUCCGCCAGUGCAUUGAAUUCAUUCAUGAAGCUAGAUUGGGUGGAGGAGCAGUUUUAGUUCAUUGCUUAGCUGGAAUGUCACGAAGUGUGACUGUAACAGUUGCUUAUAUCAUGACUGUAACUGAAUUUGGAUGGCAAGAUACGCUGAGAGCCGUAAAGUGUGCCAGAACGGUAGCCUUACCAAACUUUGGAUUUCAGAGACAGUUGCAGAACUAUGAACAUACCAGCCUGCCAAAUGACAGGAAAAAACUGAAGAUAAAGUACCCAGACGCAGCCUUUGAUGACAACCAAUCAGUGAAAGAGCUUCUGGAAAUCUACCAUACAAAGAACAGCAUUGAGAAAGACCUGUAUCCAUUGCCACACAAUGCAUACUGUCGUAGAGAUGCCCAAAGUAAUGAACACAAGCCUUGA